AUGUCGCUACCAAAUCAGCUAUUGAGUUCCAACAUGGAUAAAACGGGUUCAGUGCCGUUAAAAAAGAAUGACAUGACUGUGGCAAUCACCCAAACCGAAAGAACGCCUGCCAGGAUAUACUUUGAUUUUCAAGCAACCACACCGGUAGAUCCUCGUGUGCUAGACGCGAUGCUUCCGUAUUUCACGACAAAAUACGGAAAUCCACACUCAAGGACACAUUUUUUUGGCUGGGAAUCUGAGAAGGCUGUUGAGAUGGCGCGCAAGCAGGUUGCUGAUCUGAUAGGUGCACACGAGAAAGAAAUAAUUUUUACCAGCGGUGCCACCGAGAGCAAUAACCUGGCAAUCAAAGGAGUCGUUGACUGGAAAGCACAGGAGGGCAGCCCCGUACACAUAAUUACAACACAAAUUGAGCACAAAUGUGUGUUAGACUCGAUGAGAUUUUUGGAAGAGAAAGGUGCGCGAGUGACAUAUCUGAAGAUUGACAAGAACGGAGUAAUUGAUCUGGAAGAGCUGAGGCGCAGCAUUGCGGAUGAUACUGUGUUGGUUUCCAUCAUGGGCGUUAAUAACGAGAUAGGCACGGUGCAACCGCUUGAGGAGAUUGGGAAGAUCUGUAGAGACAAAAAAGUUUUGUUCCACUGCGAUGCAGCACAAACAUUUGGGAAACUGGGAAUUGAUGUCAAUAAGAUGAACAUUGAUUUGCUAAGUAUCUCUGGACAUAAGAUAUAUGGACCGAAAGGAGUUGGUGCGCUGUACGUUCGCAGACGGCCACGUGUGAGAAUGGUGCCUUUAUUUAGUGGUGGCGGGCAAGAGCGUGGCCUUAGGAGUGGCACGGUGCCCACGCCACUUGUUGUUGGGCUUGGUAAGGCAGCUGCCGUGUGUAAGGAAGAAAUGCAGAAGGACUUCAGCUGGAUUGAGUCACUUUCAAACAAAUUAUACACGUAUGUGAAAGAUGUCAUCCCCAAAGUCAUAAAGAAUGGCAGUUUUGAAACGAAUCCUCUCCGAUGGUUUCCGGGGUGCCUGAACCUCUCGUUUCCUCACGUGGAGGGUGAGGGUCUGCUGAUGGCGCUGAAGAAUAUCGCAUUGAGCAGCGGUAGUGCGUGCACUAGCGCGUCACUCGAACCAAGUUAUGUUCUGCGGGCACUUGGAAAUGAUGAUGAGCUCGCCCACUCAUCGAUCCGUUUUGGCAUUGGACGGUUUACCACACCGUGUGAGAUAAAAGAGGUUGCUAAGCAAACAACAGAUGCAGUGAAGAAACUGAGGGAUAUGUCGCCGUUGUACGAGAUGGAACAAGAAGGCAUCGACUUAAAGACGAUAAAAUGGACAUAG